AUGAAUACUUCGGCUUUCUUUGAGAAAAGAGUGGGUUGGACAAAGUAUACGAUCAUCUUGAUAUUAUUAGUAAUCAGCUUCAUCAUUGACCUGAUCAUUUCCAUACCCACACUCACAACCACACCGAAACUCAGCGGUAUCAGAGCCACCUCGUCCGUUCAGGUGCCAUCUUCAGAUAGGAUAGGGAUGGAAUGGGUGGGAAUCGGGAUAGGAAUAGGUGCAUCUGAGGGAUGUAUGUGGUACGGGAAAGACAAUCGUCUAAGUCGAUAUACAUUGAACUUCCAGCCAUCCUCACGAUUCUUACACCUCCCAUCUAAUCAGAAUGUAACCAAUCAUUUCCCUGUUGGUCGGAUCAUGGCGAGCGCCCACAUCAAUACUGCUAUGCAGGCUGUGGUUACGACUUCAUUCGGGCUAGGACCAUUCUUUCCUCGACUAUUUCCUUUCACGAUCGUUCUCCUCCCUUUCACAGUAUUCAUGUCGAUCUUCUCUGCUGUAUCCCUCUUGAUAGUUUCCGGUCAGGUGGGAUAUCACCUCAAAUACUCUAUACCGAAGUUUGAGGUGAAUUGGGGUUUGAGUUGUAUAUUGCCAUUCGUAGUUGUCUUCUUACAGCUAGUUCUGUCCAUCUACAUUGGAGUCUUGAGGUGUAUGAUGCCAAAGAUAAAUCCGCCACCACCUGAUCUGGCUGACGAAGUCGAACUUGACCCGAGACCCAGGGAAAAUAAUUUAGGUUGA